AUGGUUUCUUCGGCAAGUGCUUUCGCAACGGGUGAUUUAAUCGCUGGGGAGUGGCGCCGCCUUUCCAAGCUGGCAAUCGAGGUUGAUCCGUCUUUGAAUGGGACCCUUCAGAACUUUCUGGUUAGGCCAUUCGGCAAUGCGGUGUCCACACCCUCCGGGUUAUUGUCUCGGGCGUAUGUCAUGCAGGCAGAUGGAUUCACUAAGGGAGGCAAGGUGCUGCUCAAACUGCGGCACUCCGACUGGCUAGCACUUGAGGACAGCACAGGGGUCUUCAAGGUCAUUCAGUCUUUGGUACAUGCUUCUUCCGAGGAUUGUAUGCUGGACUGUACUCAUGCUCACACGACCGUCAUCUGCACAGCGGCGCUUGAGGCCGACUCGUCAAUUUGUAUGGCUGAGGUUUUCAGUGGUGGCUUUUCAGGUUGGUCUCAGGCUGCGUAUAUUCUACACCGUGGUGGCACACCAGUACAUGCAUCUUGGACGUUGGAUGUUGAUCCAGAGUGUGAAGACAUGCUUCGCUUUCAAUCACCAGGGCUGCAUUGUAUUUGGCGUGGUUCUGAUUUGGAUGAUCUGCUCGAUGACACUCCUGGGUCGGUUCAUGUUUGUUCCAGUAUUCAGAGUGACUGGUGGUUGCGCAUCUUUGCCAUCCGACCGGUGCAUAUCACAACCAUUUCGCCUCCUUGCCAGCCGUGGAGCGAAGCGGGCCAAGGCGCAGGGCUUGCAUCUGAGGAUGGACAGCUCAUGUUGCGAGCCAUUGACAUACUAGGUGCAAUCCAGGUUCCAGUUGUUGUGCUGGAACAGGUCGGUGGGUUUUUGAGACACCCACAUGCAAAAACUGUCCUUGCGGCUUGGGCCCAGGUCGGUUACGAGAUUGUUUGGCAAGCCACUAUCGAUCUGCUGGAUGUGUUGCCUAGCUCCCGGCCCAGAACAUUGAUUGUGUUUCGCCAUAAAUCCUGCCACGGGCCUCCAGCUUUGACAGGCCACCACUGGGCCUGCACCAAGCGUCACAAUCUUGCAACAGCACAGGUGCUAUUUGACCUGCCAGACAGCCUCCUGCAGCCACUGAUCCUCCCAGAGGAACUCGUUGCCACCUACAUGGAUCCAUGGUUCAUGCCGCCCUCCCGAAUGGGUCAGGUCUCGCAGAGCCGUGUCGAGGCCUUCCGCAUCCGAACUGCAGCGACAACAGCGGGUUGCUUCAUGGCCCAGUACCAGUUUCAGCAUGAAUUGCCCCAAAACCAGCUGUCCUCUAGAGGCCUCCUGGGGUUUCUGCUUCGCCACCAGGGCGUGCUGCGAUUCUUCUCCGGUGCGGAGGUCGCAGCUCUUCAUGGCGCUGUUCGCCCAAUGCUACUACAGGAGGACCGUAGAUGCCAAAUGCGCUUGCUCGGUAACAGCUUGGCAGUCCCUCAGGCGGCAGCUGGACUUGCAUAUGCUUGUCAUGCAUUAGGGUUUCAGGGUGCACCGGCACCAGCAGAGGCCGUAGCAAGCUGCCUGUCUGCCCGCAUGCAUAACGCCAAUGCCUUUUUCCUGCCCAGGGGCCCAGACUGGGUCCUCUGUCGUAAAGACCGGAUCUAUGAGCUUCUUGUCUCUGGUGUCUUGAAGCCCCUGCCGUCACUUGGCCAAACGGCGCCCCUUGACUUUGUGCCUCUCACUUUUCAGGCCAGCCAGACUGCAUUGACGGUUUAUGCACCGGCAGGAGCCCAAGCACUCAGGGUAUUCUCCCACCUCGGCGUUGCUCACCUUGCAUCGGCACUGCCAGCCACGGCCUACGACCGAAUCCAUGCCCUGCGCCUGAGUGUUGAAACGCCACCCAGCUUAGAUUGUGCAGGCUUCGCAGGGGGAUGUGCGGACGCUGCCGGGUUGUGCACUGUUCUGGUCUCCAAUGGGGUCUUCAUAAUUGACACGUGGUCACCGCGCAUGUGGACGCAGCUCCUUAAUGUCUUUGACUUCCUCACACCGGAUGCUGAGGACCUGUGCUGUUGGACCCCCUCAGGUCAGCGUUUGCGAUUUGCAGAUGACUUUGAGGGCUGUGUGGUUGCCAAUACUUCGCCUGCUGAGGCCCCUCACCUUCCCCUCAGCCUUCUUGCAGCGUCGGUGCCGUUCAUACAGGCCAAUUUCCACGACCCGGUGUUGCAGCUUGUCUGCCCCACCACCUGGGCGGUUGACCUUUGGUUGGGAUUUCCUUUUCAUCUGGCGCUGGCUUAUGGCUGGGAUGCUCAGGUUGAUAAUUUCCCGCCUGCCCCUGAGGCUUCCAUGACUAUCUGUUUGCAACCGGUCCCUGCGCGGGUGCACCUUCCCCCGCCUGCCCUGCCCCGUCAGUUGCGCACCUGGUUUCUCGUUGCGUGCUUCGAGGCAGCCUCAGUUCCUGAAGGCGAUGAGACUGCCAUGCCAGUUGAAGUACAGAUUGAGGCCCAGCGAAUCUGGUGGGGUUACCUUUCUGAUCUUCUGCGGAUUGCCAGCCUUGAAACCUGGUGGCGAGAUGCCAGCAACACGUGCCACCUUCCACCCGAUGCUCGCGUGUUUUCAGGGCCGCACCCUGUGUCCGCCGAGGACUCACUCCUUGCUGUCAGGUCAAGGCGGCACCAACGGAUUGUUCGCAAAAAUGGUCGGCUACUACUCACUUUGCAGCCUUCCAUCGUUGGGGGUGGCGUCAAGGAUGAACAGAAGCACUGGGCUCAGACACGAGCCGCCUCGGUAUGCCUCACGCAGGGCCUUGACUUGCGCACUACCACAGCCUUCAUUGACGAAGUCUCCAGUGCAGGCACUACUGCCCGGCUCAGCCAAGCCAUCAAGGCCACCAGUGAUGACUCCAAGUGGGCCCAACUUUCUGCCUAUGCCAAGGAUCUCGGAGUCACAGUGCCGCAGACCGCCAGCAUGUUCCAAAGGGCAGACCAGCGCGCCAAGCGCCAGCUUCAAAAACGCAGAGCUCAGCAUGCUGACCAGCUGCGGGCCUCAGCUGUCCAGGUCCAGGCUGGGUUCUUUGUGAACGAGGAUGGCUCCCCAGCUCAGAUUUUAGAGGGCAUCCGCCCAGGCGCCACCGGCCUUCUCCUUGUUGACAGUGAUCAGGCUGCUGAUGCUCUUGCCACACUCCAGGGGGUUCAGCCAGAUGAGCUUGGCAUUCUUGUGCUGGGCCACACGUGCCCUGAGCCCGGCAGCUGCUCUUGCAGGAUCUCCUUCCCCGCCACUGGGCGAGCAUGUGGCUCACAACUCUUGCUGGCCGGCUGCCUCCACAACAUUGGUGGCAAGGCUAUCCGCGCCUCCCAACGCACAGACAUCACUGUCACACUGCCGGAUAUACUGUGCUGUACCUUCACUGCCUUUGCUGAUGAGUUCUCUACUGGCCAGUGGGAACAAAUCGUCCAGGCACCUGUGAAGCAGCUCUUGUCGAUCUUCCAGGAUGUGCCGGCUGCCAAAGCCAUCACCGCCCCCUGGGGCCGACAGUACAGGUGCAAAGGCAAGAUAGCCAGCCCCAGCGCAGCGGAUCAAGUCCAUUUUCAGGCUCGGGUUCCCAAGGGCGAGUCAGACUCCCUCCUGAUUGCCAGUGGCCAUAACAAUGUCUACAUCACACCUCGGCAACUUGAUCAUAGUUUGCUCCCUGGUUACUCCAUCAUUUGGAUUGGUGGCCAGCGUCAGGAAGCAGUCAAGGCCUCUCUGCAAAUCCCUGAACAACGCGGUCUUGUUCGAUCCAAAGACCGCUUUGGCCUCAGAGUGCCAGAAACUCGUUACGAGGCAGCCUUUGGACUUGUGCGCCCCGGCCAGACGGCCCCCGCUCGGGUGUCGGUUCAGUGUUUGUUCCGGGUAGGUCCCGUCCCAUCUGGUGCUGAUGCGGCUUCUGUCUCAACUUGGGCUUCCAAAUUCAGCUGGACCAUCAAAGUCAUUCGUGCAUCUGGCCCGUGCCACUGGCUUGUUGGUGCAGCCGAGCAGCCACCGUCAGCUUGGCCACUUUUCAAUGGCCAGACCGUCCUUAUUCAUGCGGUCCAGCAAAGGGAAGCACGCCAGUCUGUGGUGCAAUCAGGCAGCCUCAACCUCAGGAUGCCAGCUGAGUCCGCGGCCCCCACUAAGGACGCCAAGACAGCCGAGGACCCCUGGCUCUUCAGCGACCCCUGGAGUCACUCGAGAUUCUCCAUGUCGUCUCAAGGUAGCCGGGACAGUGGAUCUAGACCCGCAGCAACAGCCCAGCCACCACAACCACGUGCGGUCACAGGUCCUACCGAACAGCGCUUUCAGCAGCAAGACGCCCGCAUUCAGGCCCUCGAGGACGGCAUCCAGGCGCUUAAAGCUCAGCACGAGCAGAAUCACGCGCAGCUCGUGCAGCAGCAAACCACUGACCGCCAGAACGCUGCUCAGGCUACGGCUGGUCUUCAGGAACAGCUCAGCACUGUCGGAUCUGAACUAACCCGUCAACUCCAGGCGUCAGCUGAAGCGUUGCAGACUGCACAGUCCCAGCAACAGCUCCAGAUGCAGAGCAGUCUCGAUGAACUCAAGAGUCUCUUCCUCGAGAACCGCGAGCACAGGGCUGCAGCCAAGAAGCACAAGCCCGAUAAAGAGGAUGCCCGAAACCCUGGCCCGACCCGCCAGACUGCCCUCAGCGAGUUUCGAUUUCUUUCACCGGCGCCAGAGGGCCCUGCACAAGCCACGCCCUCUCAGUCGUCGUCUACCGCCACCGCGGCUCCCACUUGUGCCGAGGAUGAGCCGGCUGCCAUACCACUGCGAGUUGCCGUGAUCAACCCCACUGCUUUGCUACACAAGGACAGGGAGAUUCUAGAGUUGGGCCAGGAUGUGAUUCUUGUGUCCGAAACCUCGGCUGUUGCCGCGACGCAACGCAUCGUCGCUAGCAAGCUCCGGCCUGCUGGCUUCUCUACCGUGUGGAGUGCCCCUGUGGCCCCACACCAGGGCCAGCGUGAGCAUCAGACCACGCUCCGUGGGCAUGCCUCCGGGGUAGCCCUCCUUUCCCGUUUCCCGGCUCGCAAGUCCUUUGUGCCACUUGAGCCCCAGCUUGAUCAAGCUGCACGACUCCUUGAAGGUCAUGUCCGAGUCGGCCAGUUCGAGUUCAGGGUGUUCGUUGUUUACGGAUUCCCGGCCAACUAUCAGGAUGCAGGAGGCCGCAAUGCCGCUCUGUUGCAGGAAGUCCUUCGCCGCAUUGUGGCAUGCCCGGUGCCCGCCAUUGUGGGGGGCGAUUUCAACACUGAUGUCACAGCCCUGCCUGAGUUCGGUUUGUUUAGGCAGCUUGGUUUCGUUGAAGCUUUCCGGUACUGGCAGCUUCAAACAGGACAGCUCCUACCACCAACCUGCAAGCAGGCGACCCGCCAUGACACCCUGCUUCUGCCUGGAACGUUUUUGCCCUAUGUUCGGGACGAGAGUCGCGUCUGA